UCUAGGCUUCGUUGUGGUUUGUGCGACUGUCAUAGCUAGAGAUCGCCUCAAUCGCUUCAUUUUCUUAACAUAAAAAGGUACAUUUUUUAAAAUCAAAAGAAAAUUGCUGCGAUUUGUGUAUAGGAAAAGAAGUAAACUAGUUAAAGAGUAUUUAAAGCCGCGAUGGCAUGGCGUCUACGCUUUCCUGUCGACGAAAUGGUCGAAGUGCUGGUAACCCACGUGGAGGCAGAAACGGGCAAUUUCUUCGUUCAACUCAGCGACUCGAACAGUUCAAAACUCGAGGAUCUUAUGGGAGAUAUCGCCAAUUUCGUUGCCCACAACACCUCAAGUUCUUUAAGGUCGAAGAUUUUGAGAGUCGGCGAUAUUUGCCUGGCUCAAUACCACCUCGACGAGGUUUGGUAUAGAGGUAAAGUUUUGGGUGUAAAUAAUAACAGUUAUAAGGUGUUUUUCUUUGAUUAUGGAAACUGCGAUUUAGUUGCAUCCAAUAACGCUAUGCUAGCUACGGAGAAAUUCAUAACUUUGCCACCGCAAGCCUUUGAAUGUGAACUUGCAGAUGUUAAACCCACUGGAGAAAACUGGAAUGCUGAACUGCUUGUGAAACUUGAGGAAUUGAUUUUGGAGCAAAUCUUUGUUGCCCAGGCAGUUUCAUUGAAAACCAACAACGUUUUAGUCCUUAGCCUAUUCCAAGAUGCAACAAUGAGUAAGCUUGUGGUAGAUCCAUUAAUUUCGGCUGGUUACCUUGAGCGCACCGAGGUUCCGCUUCCAGCCAAUUCUGGUGGACCGAAGCAAAGUUACAAGUAUUUGGAGCUGAAUAAUUUUAGCUUUGAGGAUGUCCUUGUUUCCCACUGUGAGAAUCCAAGUGAGUUCUAUUGUAUAUUGAUAAAGAACUCAACUGCAUUGCAUAGGCUGAUGGAAGAAUUGGAAAAGACUUACAGAGAAGCGACAGAGGACGAUUACCCGUUGACAUCUAGUUGCCAAAAUAACCCAUGCUGUGCCAAGUAUUCCGACGAUGAUAUGUGGUACCGUGCAAUCAUUACAAGCGAAACCCCUUCUUCCACUGGCGAAAUUAAUGUAAAGUUUGUCGAUUAUGGCAAUUGCCAGACUGUCCAUAUUUCUAACCUUAUGGGACUUGAUGAAAGAUUCUUGGAAUUACCUAUGCAAGCAUUAGAGUGCACAUUGUAUGGAGUCAAGCCGAUGGAUAAUAAAAUCGAUUGGCCUCAGGAUGCUUGUGAUUUGUUUGAAACACUCACCAGUGAAAAGCAACUUGUAAGCUAUUUAAGCAACAUUCGGGACAAUGCUGGAGAAGUUUUUCUUUUCGACACAUCUGAAGAGACUAAAGAUAUAAAUUUUGGCCAAGUUUUAGUCGACCAAGGCAAGGCUGUUGCAGUUAAACCAUUGACAGACUACAAAAAACCGCGAACAUCUCAGCGUAGGAAGUCUUCGUUCGGCAUCAUAGAUCUUGCUCCAAGCAGUACAGAAAAGGUUGUGGUCACAAAUAUAGAAUCCCCAUCGGACUUUUACUGCCAACUUCUAAAACAUUCAAAUGAUUUGAGCAAGCUAAUGGAUGAUAUAAGUGAGUAUUAUGAAGCGCUUGGCGAUGUUGAUGAUACCAUAACCUUGCCUCAAGCUGGAAUGCUUUGCUGUGGCAAAUAUACCGAGGACGAUGGUUGGUAUAGAGCUUUGAUUUUAAGCUCGGAUAUUGCAAAUCGGCAAGUGGAAGUAAUGUAUGUGGACUACGGUAAUUUUGAGAUGCUUCCCAUCACAAGAAUCAAAGAGUUAAAACCCAAGUUUGUGAUGUUGCCUCAGCAAGCCAUUCCCUGUUGCCUGUAUGGUGUAAGCCCUUCUGCACCAAACUGGACCGACCAAGCAAUUGAGGAAUUUCAAAAUGCAAUACUAGACAAAGAACUGCAGAUUAAAGUUGUCUCGCACAGCGAGGCACAGAAUUAUAGUGUAUGUGUCAUGGAGACUGUUGGUGAUGAGGAAUACAGCAUUAACAAACAACUAGUUCAGAAAGGUUUUGCGAUAUCUGAUGAAGAUCAUCCGGGAGUUCCAGUCGAGACAGGUUUUCAAAAUUACCAUCCACCAGCCGUAGAUAUUGGUAACUAUGUUGACAUUGAAGUCACUCACGUUGAGAAUCUCGACCAGUUUUGGUGCCAUCUUGUCUCCUCGGCGGAUGACAUGGAAAGUCUGAUGGCAAAUCUUCAGGAGUAUUACGACCUGAAUCCACCAAAGGGGACAGACUUGAACGUAUUUAACAAAGGGAGCCCGUGUUGUGCACGGUUCAGUGAUGACAACUUGUGGUACCGUGGAAAGAUUCUUGAAAAAAUGCCAAACAGUCGUUUUAAAGUUCGUUUUGUUGACUACGGGAAUUGCGAAAUUGUUUCUGCGAAGAGUGUCGCUGUUUUGAAUCCGGAAUUUCUGCAGUUACCAAUCCAGGCCAUCGAAUGUAGCCUCGCGAACCUGCCUUCGGCUCACAAGAGAGCGAACAAGUUUGUUAGUAAAUUUCUCGCCAUGGUGGACGGCAAAGAGCUGGUUGGUCGGAUGGACGAACGUGUCAAUAAUGGCAAAUAUUCGGUGUUGCUGAUCGAUACAGGUGGAGGUACAUCUGUUAACAUCAACGAAGAGAUGGUUGAAUUUAGCACCGGGAAUAAUGCGAAGCAAAAUGCUGAGAAAGAACCUGUUGCAAAAAAAACAUCGAAAGUGGAUGAACCCAAUAUCGCCAUUGGUACUGAAGAGCUCGUCUACAUCACAAACGUGAUCAGCUCCGAAGAAUUCCACUGUCAGCUUGUUAAGACAUCUUCUCAAUUAGACAAACUUAUGGACAGCAUCGAAUCAUUCUACCGCGACCUCUCCCCAGACGAUUCCACGUUUGUUAACCCACAAGUUGGCGAUAUUUGCUGCGCCAUGUUCACGGUGGACGAUGGUUUCUACCGGGCUGUCGUCACGAAGCUCUCACGUGAUUGUGUCGAAGUCCGUUACCUGGAUUACGGAAAUAGCGAGGAGCUUCCACUUUCUCGAAUUUGGAAUUUGAAUGCGUGCUUCACCGAGCUACCCGCGCAGUGCUUCCAUGCUAAGCCACUCUCUCCGAGCUCGGAAAAUACGGCGGAUUUUGAGCAGAAAGUACUGGAGAAAGAAUUGAAGGCAGAGAUUGUUAAAAAAGAUGACAAUGGUGCUUACGUCGUUCGUCUAUUAGAUUCCAACGGAAGACCUCUAUUCCCCAGUGGUUCUGAGAGGUCACAACAGAGACAAGCGUCGUCUAAACGUACACCCUGUACGGUAAAGGACGCAAGUGUUUCAAUCGACGAGACGAUGCGUGUGUACAUAACUUCUGUAACAAGUCCCGACGAUUUCUUCUGCCAGCUUACUAAAACGACCGCUCAACUUGACGACUUAAUGAACGAGAUUGAAGAGCAUUAUCGACCGCUCGGAGAUCAACAGGAGUCCUUAAAAGACCCAGAGAUUGGCGAGGCAUGUUGUGCCAUGUUCACUUUGGACGAUGGUUGGUAUCGUGCGAGGGUGAACAAUCGUUCUGGUACCACAUUUGAUGUUUGUUACAUCGAUUACGGCAACUCAGAAACUAUUCCCCAAAUCAGAGUGAAGACUUUACACGAGAACUUUACGAGGUUGCCUGUCCAAGGUUUUCACGCCUGUGUUAAAACCGCGAACGCUGUGGAUAGCUCGUCGUUUAAGGAUAGUGUUUUGGAGAAAGAAUUCGACGCAAGGAUUGUUGCGCAGAAUAAGGGGAGCGUGUUUGAAGUCGAGCUUUUCAACGCUGACGGGAUGAAGUUGUUUGGAACUAUGGAUGAUAGGAAAAAAACCGAAGUAUACAAAGUCGAGGAAGCCCAGGUAACGAAGGGUGCCAAAGAACACGUUUAUGUGACGUUCUUUGAAAGUCCCGAAAGCUUUUUCUGUCAACUCACGAAGACCUCGAAACACCUGGAUGAGCUUAUGGACAGGCUCGAAGAAUUCUACCGCCCCCUGGGCGAUGGCGAUGAACGUCUGGUAAAGCCAAAGAUUGGCGAUACUUGCUGUGCAAUGUUCACCGAAGAUGACGGAUGGUAUCGUGCCGUCAUUACUAAGGUUUCUGUCAAUACAGUAGAAGUUAAUUAUAUCGAUUACGGCAACAGUGAGGAACUUCCGGUGUCCAGAAUAAAGAGGUUACUCGCGUGUUAUUGUGAAACGAGUGUCCAAGGCUUUUCAGCUAGGCUGGUUGGAUCUACUUCGGCGGGAGUGGAAAAGAUAAGGGAAGCCAUCGAUGGCAAGGAAUUAAUGGUUCGUGUGACAGGUCGAAAGGAUAACGGUGUUUACGAUGUCGAGGUCUAUGAUAUGAAUGGUAGAAGACUGUUUAGUUCUGCACAGGGUUCUGGGAAACCAGCAGAAGUGCGGUCAAUAAAUGAUUUCUUGAGUUCGUACAACAUCCUGUCAGGAUCACAGAUGGACGUCUGUGGAUCUCACUGCGAGAGUCCCAAUAUGUUCUACCUUCACCUGGUGAAGAAUAAAGGAAGUCUGGAGAAGGUUAUGACAGAACUGACUGAAGUGUAUUCUAACCUCAAACCAACGGAUAAGGCAGUUGUCAAUCCUGUAGUCCACAUGUUUGUUGCUGCCAAAUACCCAGUGGAUGGUGGAUGGUACAGGGCGCGUAUUCUCAGUAUUCCUUCUCCAAACGAAGUGGAAGUUUGUUAUGUUGAUUUCGGAAAUUGCGAGCGUGUUGGUUUACAUGACAUCAAAACGCUUGCUCCCGCGUUCCAUGACACGCCCGUGCAAGCGGUCAAAUGCCGUCUGCAUGACGGGAAGGAAAAGUGGAAUGGUAACGAGUGCGAUACAUUCGAGAUCUUGGUUCUUGAGAAGCACCUCAUUGCAGAUGUGAAGUCCAUCGAUACGAACACCCAAACUUUGACGGUCUCCCUGUUCGAUACCCAUGGCUCUGAAAAUGUAAACAUCCUCAAAGCUAUCAGCGCUAAAUCCUCAAGAAGUCAGGAAAAACUACCCAAGCUCACAAGCCUUCCCAAACUCCAACUCAAAGACGUUGAAAAUGUCCUGGUCGAGAGUGCGGAAUCUCUGGAUAGUUUUAUCUGCCAAUUUACAAGACUUAACCUCGACCUUGACACAGUGGCGGACAUGAUGUACGAAACUUACCAUGAGGGGACCCCACCGGACUUUGUCGCUACUCCAUUACAAGUCAAUGACGUGAUCGCCGCCAUGUUUAACGAAGACGAAACAUGGUACCGGGCAUCUGUCUCGGGGCUAAACCCCGAUGGUGGCGUGCACAUGACUUACAUUGACUACGGAAAUUCAGAGACGAUUCCCCGAGCGGAGAUUGGGAAACGCGUACGGUAUCUUGAAAAGGAACUUCUUCGUUAUCCGCCCAUGCGCGGUGUGAUGUGUUCGUUGUCACGUGUCAGCACUGAGGGGAAACGGUAUUCGUGGACCCCACGCGCGCACGACGCGUUCGUUCGCUAUGUUGUCGAGAAGGAAUUUCGAGCAAGGCUGAGCUCCGAUAGGGAACCGUACCAAGCCCUCCUCGAAGACAAAUUAGGAAGCAUACACACGUGGCUGGCACGUGAAAAACUCGUGACAAGCAAGGACUCUGAACCGGAGGUGGUGCAAGAUGAUUUCUAUGAACUUAAGGUGGCUGUGGGGACAUCAUGUGAUGUUUACGUAACACAUUCGAGAAAUCCCGAGGAUUUCUACGUUCAACAGGCUGCGAAUGCAGACGCCAUUGACAAAGUUAUGGACGACAUACAUACAAGCUGUACCGACGGAUCCCGAGGAGCAAUAGUGGAUAUCAAGCAUGGCACCCUUUGUGCUGCUCAGUAUACUGCGGACGAUGCCUGGUACCGCGCGAGAGUUACACAGGAGCCUGGGCCUGACUCCGUAGAAGUGCUUUUUGUCGAUUACGGAAAUACGGAGGUUUUACCGAAAGAAAGAAUAAAAGAGCUCGAUCCCAGUCUGCUUGAGCUACCCGCGCAGGCCAUAUGUUGUGGCUUGCAGAUACACCACCAACCAAGAGCCUGGGAUUCAGAAACGAAGGAACGAUUUGAGACAGCCACCGCUGACAAGUGCUUAAAGAUGACCGUGCUGAAAGACCUGGAUGUUAAAUUGCUGGUGACAAUGACGGAUGAGGAGGGAUCACUAUCAUUGAAUGACAUGUUUAGUCAAAAACCAUCUGAACUAUCUGAGGACUCUGCCGAGCCAGCCGAGAUAUCCCUUACGGCGUUUCCUGUGACAGGAAAACAAACCGCAGAGGUUUACAUCAGUCACUUGGUCAACCCCGGUGAAUUCUAUGUGCAGCUUUCUGGAACUGAGGAAGAGCUAGAACGCUUGGCUGAACUUUGUGCCCAGACUUACGACGGCCCAGAAAGUGAGAGUUAUAAACUGCCUAAUCCACAAAAGGAUAUGUUCUGUUGUGCGCGUUACUCUGAAGACGAGGCCUGGUAUCGAGCCCAGAUCCUCUCCGUCGACCCCACCAAUCACACAGCGACCGUUCGUUUCGUCGACCAUGGCAACACUGACGUGGCGAAUCUCGCAUCAGAUCUUCGUCGACUUUCAGCUGAACUUUCAACAUCGCCUUGUCAUGCUAUACCCUGCACCCUCGCGCGUGGCUCGUGGACGCCCGAACAGUGCUCCAGUUUCGAAGCUGCCGCAUUGGAUAAACCACUUCAAGCAACGUUUGAAGCGUACCUCGAGAAAACUUGGAUACUGACGCUUAAAGACGGGACUACCUCGUUGAAUCAGCUACUCAAACCUUCCGCGGUUACCCCGUCUGUGCAAAAACCACGUUUGGCCAUUGGGGACGAGCCCGCUGUGUACAUUGUCAGCGUACAUUCACCAGAUGACGUCAUCCUUCAGUUAAGUGGUCACGUGAGUGACUUGGAGGCAUUAAUGGAUGAUAUAGCCACUAACCCACCUCAGGACACGUUACCGAUCACGCAAGUGGAAACUGGAGCGUCUUGUCUCGCUCUGUUUACUGAAGAUGAGGCCUGGUAUCGAGCAAAGGUCCUGGAUUGCGAUGGUGACCUGGUCAGGGUCCUUUACGUGGAUUAUGGUAAUGCGGAAUGGUUAGAUGCCGACAGGCUUGCUCCAAUAUCUGAACGAUUCUCAAAUCUACCCGAAGUCAGUGUCCGUUGCUGUUUCGAUCUCUCAAACGGUGGGGAAAUCUGGACGGAUGACGUUGGCGAGAAAUUGGUUGAAAUUUACGGAGAACACGAACUUCGUUGUAAGAUUACGUCCGAAAAUGACGAGGUUUUUUCAGUUAGGCUGUUCUGUGAUGGGGAAGAUGUCUUGGCCAAAGUUUUAACAUCUGGCGAGGUUGCAUCAGCUUCGGAUAGUGGAACUACCGCAGAAGUGGCGAUCUCUGAUCGUUAUCAGGUCAAAGAACUAACAGCAGGUGAACGGAAGGAUGUCAUAUGUUCACAUAUUGAAUCGCCUCAGAAACUUUGGUGCCAGCUCUCAGAAGAUCAGGGCAUUUUGGAUGAUCUUAUGGAUCAUUUACAUGAAGUAUACAGUGCACUUAGCGCCGAGGAACUGCUGGUCACGAGUUACGACGUCAAUUCAGUGUGUUGCGGCCAGUUUCUUGAUGACGACGGUUGGUAUCGAGCGGAAAUACUUGGCAAGCAGGAUGAAGGUGUCAUGGUGCGUUAUGUUGAUUACGGUAACGAGGAACUAUUACCUACUGCAAGAUUACGAAGUUUAAAGCCAGAGUUUUUGGCAAUACCACGCCAAGCCAUCGCGUGUUUGUUGGCCGACAUCCAGCCCAGUGACGAUGACUGGAGUUCUGACGCCAUUACCGUUGUCGAAGAGUUUACCUCCGAAAAGUCCCUUACGAUCGAAAUAAAAAGUGUGGAUGAUCUUGCUGCCACAGCUAUCGUUUACGGCCGUUCAGAAGACGAGGAAAUAUCUUUAAGCGAUCUUCUUGUCGAGAAAUCCUUCGCAACUCGGUCUGUGGAAUCUUCAAACGAAGCUCCAGGUAGUUUGGUAGCUGAAGUAUCCUAUUCGAACUUCCCAGCGAAGAUUGGCGACAAGUUGAAUCUAUUUUACGUGUCUGCCGAAUCACCAGCGAGUAUUUGGUGUCAACUGUCCGACUCUGAAAACGAUCUGCUUGAUCUCAUGGAGAAGCUUGGAGCGUUUUAUGGAAACCUGAAUGAAGGAGACUGGGCGCGUGUAGAACCGGUCGUUGGAGCGGCCGUUUGUGCCCAGUUCACUGAGGAUGAUUCGUGGUAUCGCGCUGUGAUAUUGGAGACUGAACCGAGCUUAGCCGUUCAGUUUGUUGAUUAUGGAAACUCUGAGAAGUUGACUCAAUCCAGAAUUCGAAUUUUGAAGCCUGAAUUUGCAGCUUUACCCAAACAAGCUAUCCACUUAGAACUUUCCGGUGUCUCACCCGAGUCUCUCGAAGAAUGGUCGGAGGAAAAACAGGAUGCGAUGGAAGAAUUAUGUUCCGAGAAAUGUUAUGUCGGUGAAAUUCUCGGAAUCUCCGAUAGCGCCAUGGAAAUUUCCUUACGAGAAAUUGAGUCGCAGAAACUGUUGUUGGAUGAGUUGUGCCAGGCGGAACUUGUUGCGAGGAAAGAUGGAGAUGGUGUUGAACAGGAAGACACGAAAGGAAGCGAGGCUUUAGACCAGCCAGAUGUCGAGUCAGCCGCUGUUGAAGACCAGACAGUUAGCGACCUUACAGGAAAUGAACUACCAGUAGAUGACCAGGUAGGUCCCCCAGUGGGUGACCAGCUAGUGGACGAAAAAUCAGUAGAUGACCAGCCAAUGGAUGAAGUGCCAGUAAAUGACCAGUCAAUGGAUGAAGUACCAGUAGAUGACCAGUCAGCUGUGGAUGAAGUACCAGUAGAUGACCAGCCAGAGGAUGAAGUACCAGUAGAUGACCAGCCAGUGGAUGAAGUACCAGUGGAUGACCAGCCAGUGCAUGAAGUACCAGUAGAUGACCAGUCAGUGGAUGAAGUGCCAGUAAAUGACCAGCCAGUGGAUGAUGUACCAAUAGAUGACCAGCCAGUGGAUGAAGUACCAGUAGAUGACCAGCCAGUGGAUGAAGCAACAGUAGAAGUAAAAGAUCACUUAAUAAAUGACCAACCAGUAGACGACCAGCCAGAUCUUGAAUCACCAGAUGUUUUGGACCAACCAGUGGACGACCAGCCAGUGGACCAGCAAGAAGUCGGUACACCAGCUUUAGAAGAGAAACCAGCCUAUGAUCAACUGCCUUUGGAAGAACCAGUUCUGGAUGAGCGGCCUCCGAUCAAAGAACAAGCGGACGAUGUCCUACUCGCCCAAAAUAGUCGCAGCGACGAAGCCGAAGACGUGACAAGAGGAGCUUCUCCAGGCGACAGCGAGGAAGAUUUGAACGAUGCAACAGCCGUUUGUCAUGCCAUCGACCGCUUGCUUGACGAGAUUGACUCUCGCUCUGGUGAAGAAAACACAGACGAUGGAAAACCAGCUGAAGAAGAACUCAAUGAAGAGGCGCCCCCGAUCACACCUGGGGAAGAGAAAACACCUCAUCAGGAUGAGUCUACAACUGAUGUUAAAGUACAUUCCGAAAAAGAACCAAUUGCUGACGAUAAGAAAGUCUCUGAGGACAUUCCCGAGGUCACGGUGGACGAGACAACCCCUUCGGAAAUUACUGCACCAAACAUCGAGUUUCAAAAAAACCAACUUUGUCUUGAAAGCGACUCCGCCACGGGCAGUAGUAGUACGACUCCGUCUUUUUUAAGCCCUAGGACUGAACUCACGGACGAGUCUCCCAGUGAUGAGACAAACUCGUAUAUGACCCCGCCUGAUGAACUCGUCUCGGAAACAGUCGGCGAAGAUCAAGCGUUGUUUUCGUCUCCCGAGUCUGAUACGAGCGACCGCCAACGUUACGCUUAUCCCGAGAUUAAUCUCGGAGAUAUUCACAAGGUUACUAUAUCACACAUUCAAUCCCCGUCAAGUUUUUUCUGCCAAUUGUCGAGAAUGGAAAUCGAACUUUCGCAUCUCAUGGAGACGAUCCAAACGACUUUCACUGAAGAUAUCCAAGAAACACUUUCCAUCGAUGCCUCUAAUGUGGGUGCCUUGUGCUGCGCCCAGUCCCCCGACGAUGGCAAAUGGUAUCGUGCUGUCGUCAGAAACAUCGGAGAUGAUGAUCACGUCGAUGUCACGCUUGUCGACUUCGGGAAAAACGUCAAUCUGCCGGCGGGCGGACUAAAAUCUAUCAGUCAUGAAUUUGUCACCAGUCUUCCACGCCAGGCUAUUCAUUGCUCCUUAGUGGACCUUGAGCCCGCGGACGAGAAGUGGUCAGCGGAUGCGGUGACAAAAAUGACCGAAGUGUGUGCUGGGAAAAUGCUGGAAGGAAUCUUCCGAUCACGUCAUCGUAAGGUAUACAAUAUUUAUCUUCGUGACCCCGAAGACGAUGACGCGGACUUCGUAAAUAAACUUCUGGUGGAUCUGAAAUUGGCAAGGGUUACUGGAAGGGGUUCUGACUCCGGGGAGGGUGCUGAUUCAAGUGAAAGCAAUGACGUAAAUGAAGAAGAAUCGAUACCGGAUGAGAAGAACGAUGAAAAAGAACCAAGCGGUUCACAAAAUGACGAUCACCAGUCUGAAACCAGCAGAAUGGAGAUUAGCAAAAGUGUGGAAGAGUUUCUAGAAAACUUGAUAGAAGUCGCCAUCGACCAAGCCGUCAAAUCGGCAAUGGAACUAUCGGAGGACACAGAAGAUGUUUCUGAAGGGCAUAGCGAAAUUGAAAAUGUGGGCCGUAGUGAAAUACAAGGUAAAGUUUCUCCUGCUUCGGGAGCAGCCGAUGAAACCCACGACAAAAACAGCAUUCUGUUAAACACGGAAGAAAUUUCUACGGAGGAAUGUACGACCGUCGCUGAAGCUGAAAUUGAAGCUGAAAUUGAAGCUGAAAUUGAAGCUGAAAUUGAAGCUGAAAUUGAAAAGAUUGCUAUGGUGGAAGAGAAUGAGACACAAAGUGGUUUGCAAACAGAAGUUCAGGAAUGUUCUUUGGAGGAGAUGGAAGACACGAUUGGAGUUCACUGUGAAGAGUUCGGUGAGACGAAAGAGAGUGCUGGCUUUAGUGAACAGCGUGAUAAUUCAAGCUUUGAUACAUCAAGUGAAGGAGCUUCGGCUGCCAUCUAUGAUGGUGAUGCAGAUAAAGAUGUAGAAAACGAAGGCGAAGAUCAAGAGAGCGCACAGACGAUGUUGGAAGAGAAGGUUGAUAAGCCCGAAGCAUCAAAUGAAACCUCCUCCGAAAAUCAUCAAGUUCCGAGCGAGCAGCAUGAUGUUAGAGGCGUUGAUGAUUCAAGCGAUGUAGCUGCCAUGGUGCUUAUGGAAAUCCCAGGCGAAGAUGAAGGAAGCACAAAGACGAUAUCGGAAGAACUGGACGAGAUCAUCGCUCUUGCAACACAUGAAACUUCUGCAGAAGUUACGCUGGAUCCUAGCGGACAGCGUGAUGAAAGAGGGAGUGAUCUUUCAGGAGACGAAGCAACCGUAAUCUCGUAUCGUCAGGGUGAAGAAGCCUCGUACAAGGAUGAGAAAUGUGGAAUGAUUAUAUUAGACGAGAAGCCUGAAGCAUCGGAUGAAGUUCCUGCAGAAGACGGUCGAGAUGUCCUUGGCAUGGAAGAUGAUGAAGACUGUGAUGAAGGACAGGAUGAAGAGAUUGCUGAACCUCAUUCUGACGCGACAAUAAAUGAAGUUGAGGUUGAUGACGUGGAAGCUGGCAGAAGUAUAGCAGAAGGACAGAAUGCUUUUUAUGAGCAUGUAGGAGGUUGCGAAGAACAUGCUGAGAGUGUGAAUGGAAUUCUUCAUGAUGCUGAUGAUCAGUAUUGUAUUGACGAGCAGCCUUGUGCACCUGAAAUGGAGAUUGAGGUUGAUCCGGCAGAAAAGGGGGAAGAGAACCCCGGGGAGCCCGAGCCUUGCGCAGUUGGAGAGUCUGAGGCAUUUGGUGAUAGCGAAAGUACGGAUCCAUGUAUUUUACCCGCCAUUGGUGAAGUUGAAGCUUCAGAAGAUGUUCAUGGGGAAAAGAACCAAGAAGUUGAAGAUAGUAUGGAAAAUAUAACCGUUGGCACUUGUGAAUUGUCAGAACCUGAUGCUGAGAAUGGCGGUGUAAAUGGACAGUCUUCAAUUCAAACCGAGCUCGAUGCAAUUCCCUCAGUUUCUGAAGACGACCCCGGUGACGAUCGUAAAAUAGACGUCCACGAGCAAGUAAUCGAUGAUAAGGACUUCUUUGAACAGCAUACGACCGCCAUUAUUGAAACUCAGGUCAAAAAUAAUGAUGAUUUUGAGCACAGGAACGGCAGUACAGCUGAUGAGGAGGAUCAUUGUGGCGUUGGAGACAUGGAUGGCAAACCAUCUCUAGAAGACGACUGCCCCGGUGACACUCCAGAGAAAGUCGUUUUAGAUGCUUUGGUGAGCGAAAUUGCCUUGCGUGCCGAAAGUGUGGGCAGCAAAGACGAAGAUUUUGAUAUCGAUUAACUUUGCAUUUAGUAAUUUUUUGUGUGUCUCAUGUUCACGUUGACAUAAUGUUUUUUAUGAAAACUCAGAGAUUUAUAUUGUUGAAAAGAAAAAAAAGACGCUACCUACUACGUUUUGGUAGUUUGAACGUUAGUUUUGUUAGUUCACUUUGAAAAUUAAGUGCAUAUCUCGUAUCUUAGACUUUGGGUUCAUUCUCAAAUCUUCUGCAAUGUGAGAAGUGCAGUAUAUUCUUCAGUUUGAAAACCAGCGUGUGGCUGGCUUUUUGCAUGUCGAUAGAUUUCACAUAGUUUUUUCAGGGAAGAUGUACUGUGCCUCUUCAUGUUGCGAUAAAUAUCAAGGAUAUGUAAACUCCUAAAGAUUUUCCUUUGCACAUCAAAAUAUGUUAUGUUAUAGUAAAAACGUUCACACCGCGUUUCUUCAACCUACAAGAACGAGCAGAUAUUUUUGUACAUCUGGACUUGGAAAUUGCAUUGUUUU